AUGGCAAACAGAUUGGCAAAGGUUUUAAAUUCGUUGGUUGGCCUUGAACAAAGUGCUUUUGUCCAAGGAAGGAAAAUUCAAGAUGCUCUGAUCUUGGCUCAUGAAAUGGUCAAGGAUUUUAAGGGUCCAAGGCAUGCAUCUAUGGCUGUGAAGGUGGACAUCAAGAAAGCAAAAGAGCUUUGUGUCACUCAUGCUACAGCUAAGGUUCAUCCUGUGAUAAGCCAUGUGUUUUUUGCUGAUGAUUUGUUAAUUACUUGCAAAGCCUCAAUUUCAAAUGCUAGAGUUCUUGCAGCUUUAUUCAAGAAAUUUGAGAACUUAACAGGUUUACAAGUCAGUGAAUAUAAGAGUAGUGUCAUCUUUUCAAGGGCUAUGGGGAGGAAGUUAUCAAUGCUGAGAAUUUUGAAAUGCUCUGAAGAACAUUUUCCAAUUAAGUAUUUGGGGCUUCCUUUGUGUCCAUCUGGUUUGAAGAAAGCUAAUUGUCAGGGACUGAUUGAUAGGUUACAAAAGAUGUUUAGGGAUUUCCAUUGGGGUAGUACUGAUAACUUUAAAAAGAUGCACCUUUUGAGUUGGGAUAUGAUCACUAGAACUAAAGCUGAAGGUGGACUUGGUUUGAGUAAGUUGAUAGAUAUUCAAUCUGCAUCCAAGAGAUGGAUGGGAGAGACUUUGAAGUGGAAUAUGCUUCAGUUUGCUAAAGUUGAGUCCUUAGUUGAUUUGUUUACUUGGUUUAAGAAUGUUUCAACUGUGGGCUUUCAUACAACCCUAUUUGCUGCUGUACUUUGGGGAAUUUGGCAUGAGAGAAAUGCUAGAUUGUAUGGUAUUGCUACUGCUCCAAAGAUUGUGGCAAAGAAUUUAUUGUUAGAGGUGUUGGAUAUUCAUAAUAUUCUUCUCUCUGAUCUUGUUGAUUGA